UGGCCGACACAUUCGCUGAAGGGAAGGCAAACAAAUAUAUUGUACAUCUCUUCAAGAUCGGAAGCGGUUUCACUCUUAUGGAAGGUCCGUCGGUAUGGGAAGGUAGCGAGAAGACUGGGGGCCUGUGUGUGUGAAGCUCUGGCCGCUAGUGGCACCAACCGAGCAGCAGCGCGAUAUGUCCGACGAAGAGUGGCUCGGACGCGCCCUGUUGGCAGGCGACGACCCGCACAGCAGGGCCGCGCAGUCAAAAUGAAUGAAUGCACGGGCUCACAUAGCAGCUUGCUGGACCAACGCGACGAGUGAUCGCUGAACCCGCUGUCCUGCUACGGCCGGGAGAUCAGCUCGAGUGCAGUCGUUACCCAAAAUUGCGGGCGCGUGCAGAAAACAACAAACAACGAUCUUUCAUGAAAAUAAUGCACACUAAGCCGUUUCCAAUUGCAUUGCGCAUUCCUGGUCGCCGCCGUGAUAAGUAUAAACCAGGCGCCUAUUCUUGCCUUUGUCCCUCCGCUGCCGUCUCUUCCAAGUGCCACUCACUGUCGUCGCUCAUCAUCCAGCAAUCGACUUCAACUCUUGCUCUAGUCGUACCGAUGUUCUCGAUUCGACUCUUCGUGGCCGACCAUCCCCAUGGAACAUCAAUGGUAGACAUGGUCAAAGAAAUGGCGAGGAAGCCUAUGCCUCGCUAUCUAGAAUGCAGGCCAGCCACCUUCGCUCAGCCAACGCCGUGCGACCCUCGUCUUGAGGGGCGGGCCAAGUUCGCGGCGAUCCUCAACGGUGAAUGGAGUGGCGAGGAGGAGGCGCAAGCUGCAAGCAGACAUCAUAUAGCGGUCGACGAAAGUCGUCAAUCCGAGGACAUAGUCUAUACCACAUGGCCUCCAGUCUUGACGACCCAGACCUCCCCGAAACUAGGUCAAUCUAUGCCACCGACUUGCACCCACCUGCCUGGCGGGCAAAACAAUGGGGCCCCGGAGAUGGCACAACGGCAGUAUAAUGAAAGGAAGCGCAUCUUCCACAGAGCCGAAAAGCUUGUCACAGCGCGCUUGCUUGCAAACGAGGCUGCAGGAGAUACGCUCCUCCAGGAGAUCAUGGAUCUCACUCUCGCUGCCGCAGCCGAAGAUGCUGCCCUGGAGUCGACAGUGCCGACUCAUCCCCGGAUGGAGAGUGCGCCUAUCGUGCCGUCUCCACAGACGAAUACAUCGAACAGGGACCUGGCGCCAUGGGAGAGAAGGGUGCCACACCCUCUGGACUCGAGCCCUGCGUCCUCGACGACGCUACUCAGUCCCAUCGAUGCUUGGGAGCCACUUGCGACGUCAACGCCCCGUCCAGACAACCAGCGUGGCUCGCUGAAGGAACAUGCCACGCAGUAGGUGCGUUCAUACGCUACCUAAAUGCACAGUGCUGAUACCAUCACCGUGAGCAGUUGACCGUGGGCGGGGAAACCGGAGGGGGGAUAUGCGCGAUAGGAAAUGCUGCGGGGGAAAACGGCCUCAGGCUGUACGCCUCCAGAAUGGAAGCUGAAAGUAGUCGGACUGUAUAGAAUCGAGCCGCCGUCUUGUAACGCUGUUGAAUGUCUCUUCUUUCUGUGAUGUAAUGCAUUGUUCGAAGUGAACCCACGGCGCGAAACAUACAUCGCACUGGU